CUCAAUGAUCAAAUGAAUCAGUCAAGAGAGCUCCUGCAGCGCUGCUCGAGGAGAGAGCGGAUCACUGCACGUUUGGUCAGAAAAGAUGAUAAAAUAAUGUGUAACAUGUCUGAUAAACACGGUCCCAGUCAGUUCCAACCUGCCCUACAGGGUGGAUUAUUUACGACAAACAUGCUCCAUUAGCCACAGUCCACAGACACAUCUGUCACCAUGGAGACUUCCACAGGAAGUGAGGCUGUUGGUGCAACAGGGGGGCAACAAUCAGACUCUGUUUCCCAUGAUGCUCCACAACCUCAGUCACCACCUUCAGUGAAAAUACGCAAGACUGGUUUCAAGUUUUUUGGUGUUCGAAAGAGCUUCUGUGUCCUGCCAAGCUUUUUUGGUGGCCGUGGCAGAAGUCAAGGAAAGGGCUCAUCCAAAACAGGCGUAACAAAAAGCCAAACAUAUGAUGGGGUGAGCAGAGCAUGCUGGGAAGAUCUGGAAAGAGGCAGCGCUGAAGUGGCCUCAGGGGACUUCGAGUUCUGCAGCUCUAGUGACCCUUUGAAAACACAGGAGGAUCACGGGAAGUCCCAAUCACUUCCGCGGCAGCGAAGAGGCCUUCGGGGUUUCUUUAGCAGCAUAAGAAGACACAGAAAGAGCAAAAAUGUUGAACUGGAAAAGCAUGAGACACUUGAAAUGUCCUUAAGCCUCUGUGCCAGAACAGUGCCUGGUGCCCUGUUGAGCAUCAGUGAUAGUAGCGAUAACUAUGGCGACAGUCAGGGCGAAAAGUUGGUACCAGAUGUGCCUAACCAAACUGCAGGCAGUGGGUGUGUAAUGUCAUUGGCCGCCACUGCCGUUGAAUGUACAAAAGAUGUAACUUUAGUGCCUGAGAAAAGCAGAGGAGAGAUGGAUAAAAGAAAGCAAGUAGAAGAAGAGGAGAAUUGGAAAGAGAAGCAAAACGAGAGGCAGAAAGGAAUGACUACAUAUCAUCAACCUUUGCCUGCUGAGUCUGAACUAGACCAUUUGGCUGAGCAGAAUAUGGACAUACCAGAUAGGGAGCUGCCUGCUGUAUCCUGCUCAUCUGACAGUGUGAACUUAAUGUUUGGUGAUGUUUCAUCAUUGAAGAGCUUUGAUUCGCUGACAGGUUGUGGAGACAUCAUUGCAGACCAGGAUGAUGUCAGCGUUGCGGAAAGCACAGUGUCUGGUGAGAGAGGCGGCCGAAAUGCUGGAAAGCGGAGCUCGUGUUUUGUCACGUAUCAAGGUGGAGGGGAGGAGAUGGCAACACCUGGAGAGAUGGAAGGAGAUUACUUACAGAGCUUAUGGGAAUCAGAAGCUAGUAAUGAAGUUUGCUACGUCACCUCAGACAGGGGCUCAGACAGCCCUUCGCUCACUCCUGAUCAGCAAAUCAGCUCCAUUCGUGCAAACAUCAUCAGCAGCCCAUUGGAUGUCACAGAAACGGCCCUGAGCCCCACUAACCUUUUGAGCCCUCAGAGUGAUCGUCAAGAGUCUGUACCGAACAGCGACGAGGGAUACUAUGACUCCACCACACCAGGAAUGGAGGAGGAGAAUAGAGAUCGUCCACAUCAGGAAAGGCUUCCACGGGACAGCUACAGUGGCGAUGCCCUUUAUGAACUUUUUGAGCCUGACGAUCGCCUGCUCAGCCCUACUAUUCCUCCUGCAACCUUGCAGGGUAAUAAGAGUCCAACCAACCCUCUGUACGCCCUGGCAUCCACUGCCAUAGAGACAGGUGCUAUGGAGACAGAGGAGGAGCGUCUGAGCAAGAUUCAGCAUGCCCUUCUGUGCUGUGAGCUUCAGAAUCUCAGAAGCCCAUCCAAAGACCAGCUUCUGUUCCAUGAUGACUGCUUCUAUGAUGAUUCAGGUCCUACCACAGGCAAUGGUAAGACGGCUUUAGAGGAAGUUAUUAAUCAGCGCUAUCCUCGAUCACCACCAAGAUCCCAGGCAGAACCAGUGAAAGAACCAGUGCCUCAAAGCAGGGGUCAGAUCCAGGGUAGUCCAUUGUUUGCACCCCAUGCUGAUUCAGGGCUUAGCCCAAAUGUCCCAAAUGUUCCAGAGCUACCCAGAUUGAAUAAAUCCAAGGAUCAAAGCGCCUUUCUGCCUACCAGAGGCUGCAGCCAAUCCCAGGAAGAGCUGAUGGUCUGUUUUUCCCAAGCAUUGGUAGAUUUUACAAAGAACGCCCGGCUUUACCAUAACUCCACAGAGAGUCUCGAUGGCUCUGAGUCAAGUUCUCCUUUUGGCUCAAGUCUGAACGCCCUGCCUGCCAUUGUCACAUUCGAUGUGGUCGACAUGGAGAAUGAGGGUGAAUGUGAGCAGCAGACCGAGCUUGUUGAGGAAGAGGAAUCCCCUUAUGAGCCCUGUGAAGAUGAUGGCUGUUACCUGCAGCAGGAUGCCUUUGCCGAGUGUGACCAGCAUACCAUUGAUGCCUACGAACAGAGUCUGUUGCUUAGUAACGUAUGGGGCAUCACCAGCCUUCCACGGCACCUCAGUUUGGGUCGGCCAUAUCCCCCAGUCCCUGCCCCAUUAGCACUAAAUCGACGCAGUCGCUCUCUUGAUACGGACAGUCUGGAGUUUCAGACUAGUGAGAUUUACACCUAUGACUCAAAGCAUAGGACUGGAGAAUGCAGUGACAUGGCGUUAUCACGCCAACCCCACAGGGUAACUGUGGAUGGAUUGAGGCGGGGUUGUGGGCGGGACUUUGACUCUGCCCAGCAAAGGAGUUCCUCAUCUCAGCAAGAGCUGAAUUUGCCACAUGUGAGCCAAUCCGUUAUUAGACCUUCACAUCUCCCUUUACAGAGAAACUGUCGUAAUCGUAACCUUGCUGGCGUCUCCAGAGAGGAUGGUGAGGGGGAGAUAUUGUUUGGUGGAGGGGAUGCGCUUUACCCCUGCAGUUACCCCCCAACAAGCACGCAAUGGAAGAAUCGACCUGUUGGGGUCACUCAGGGUGUGCCCCACCUUUGCUCUGACCAGUCCGCUGAUCUGAGAGAAAUUACAAUAAAGAACAGGAGUGGGGAGAGUGAGGGGACUUUACCACUAGACCCCCCCAAACCAUAAAUAACAUACAAAUAACUCUUCUGCUCAAAAUAAAAAAAAUAAUGCAGUUAGAAAAUUCUCGUCACUAAAGACGAUGCUGGAUGUUUACUGACACUGAAUUUUAUCACACACUUGCACCAUACACUCUCACUGUAGGUACUGUUACUGCUGGAUAAGCUAUGGUAUUCCUUUGUGAUGUACUGUGUAUUGUUUUAAGCUGCAUUUUAGCUUCUGUGAGUUUAAGAGGAAGUGUUUACCUGCUGUCUAUAUAUUGAAACCAUAUUGCUUUGCAUAUGUUGCCAGUGACCCAGGUAUUGCCAGGUAUUUUUUUCGGUAUGUUUUAAUUAUGUUUGUAAAAAGACCACAAUCCUAUGAAUGAAUUAUUUUAGCACAAGAAUGAAAAAAAUUUCAUUCAUUAGAAUACUGAGGAGGACCUAUUUAAAGGUAUAGUUCACCCAGAAAUGAAAUUUCAGUCAUUAUUUACUUAUACUUAUGUUGUUCCAAACCUCUAUGUCUUAAUUGCUCCGUUGGAACGCAGAAGCAGAUAUUAGGCAGUGUGUUAGUCUCAGUCACCUUCAUAGCAUUUUUUUCAUACAAUGAAAGUGAAUGGUGACUGAGACGGUCAUUCUGCCUAACUUCUACUUUUGUGUUCUAUGGAAGAAAGUCAUAAGGGUUACUGAAUGAUGACAGAAUUUCCAUUUUUGGAUGAACUAUAAAGACCUGGGUAUACUUUAUUUGUCUGCAUUCUGGAUCGGAUCGUGCCCGGUCGACCGGGUUGACUUUCAAAGUAUACUUUUUUUCACCUUUUUACAAACACAUUCGACAGAUGCACACUACGACUGCUUUGUGAUAAUCUUUUAAAGACAGUCAAUGACAGGCGCAUAUGCCAAUGAUGCAUAUAGACGAGCACUAUCUGCUAACCUAGAAAAUCAGGGCCCCAUGCGGACAGUCUGUGCAGACUGUGCUGCUGACGAAAUUUACAUCACUUCAGACAGUACGUUUUCCGAUCAGCAAACGGAUAACUGAUGUAUACUUUGGCUUUAUCUUUAAAACAUCAAACUUUUUUCUUAAGCAAUAGAUUUUUUCUUGCAAUUGGAAAGAUGCUCUGUUACAAGAUUUUAAUGUUUACAUCUUGGUCUCUUUUAUGAUGCUAGUCACACAUUUGUUUUCUUAUUUAAUAUUGCCUUUUUUUUUUUGUCAUAUCACAGACAAACACUACAAUCUAUCAAGUCACAGUAUUUGGUGGCAUGGCCAAACAUUUUUACCCAAACCCCCAGUAAUCAUGUGUCGACUAUUUACAUAAGACUUGGACAGGACAGCAGAGACAUUAAAGGGAUAGUUCACCCAAAAAUGAAAAUUCUGUCAUCAUUUACUUGCAUGCUGUUUAAAACCUGACAUGACAUUUUUCUUUGGUGGAACACAAAAGGAGAUUUUUUGGAAGAAUUUUAGCCUCAGUCACCAUUCACUUUUGUUGUAUGGAGAAUAAAAUGCAUUGACAGUAAUUGUGACUGAAGUUAACAUUCUGCCUAACAUCUCCUUUUGUGUUUCACGGAAGAAAGGAAGUCAUAAGGGCUUGAAACAACAUGAGGGUGAGUGAAUGAUGACAGAAUUUUCAUUUUUGGGCAAAUUAACCAUUUAAGGUUUUGUGUUCCUCCAAUUUGAAUUAUUUGGGGGUCAAUUUGCUGAAAUAUUUAGCCAUUGUUUCAUUUCCUUUUUUUUGCUGCUAAACAGUAUGUGUUUAGUUGGAUGUUCAGUUGAAGUCAGAAGUUUACAUACGUUUACAUGGUUGAAGUCAUUUAAACUAAUUUUUUAACCACUCCACAGAUUUCAUAUUAGCAAACUAUAGUUUUGGCAAGUCGUUUGAACAUCUACUUUGUGCAUGAUAUGAGUAAUUUUUCCAACAGUUGUUUACAGACAGAAUGUUUAACAUUUAAUUGAAUAUAUCACAAAUCCAGAGGGUCAGAAGUUACAUACACUGUUAACUGUGCCUUUAAGCAGCUUGGAAUAUUCCAGAAAAAGAUGUCAAGCCUUUAGGCAAUUAGCUUUUGAUAGGCUAAUUUGAGUCAGUUGGAGGUGUACAUGUAGAUGUAUUUUAAGGCCCACCUUCAAACUCAGUGCCUCUUUGCUUGACAUCAUGGGAAAAUCAAAAGAAAUCAGCCAGUAGCUCAGAAAAAAAACUGUGGACCUCCACUAGUUUGGUUCGUCCUUGGAAGCAAUUUCCAAAGGCCUGAAGGUACCACGCUCAUCUGUACAAACAAUAGUACGCAAGUAUAAACGGCAUGGGACCAUGCAGCCAUCAUACCGCUCAGGAAGGAGACGCAUUCUGUCUCCUAGAGAUGAACGUAGUUUAAUGCAAAAAGUGCAAAUCAAUCCCAGAACAACAGCAAAGGACCUUGUGAAGAUGCUGGAGGAAACGGGUAGACAAGUAUCUAUAUCCACAGUAAAACGAGUCCUAUAUCAAAAUAAUCUGAAAGGCUGCUCAGCAGGGAAUAGGCCACUGCUUCAAAACCACCAUAAAAAAGCCAGACUACAGUUUGCAAGUGCACAUGGGGACAAAAAUUGAACUGUUUGGCCAUAAUGACUAUCGUUAUGUUUGGAAGAAAAAGGGUGAGGCUUGCAAACCGAAGAACACCAUCCCAACUGUGAAGCAUGGGGGUGGUAGCAUCAUGUUGUGGGGGUGCUUUGCUGCAGGAGGGACUGGUGCACUUCACAAAAUAGAUGGCAUCAUGAGGAAGGAAAAUUAUGUGGAUAUAUUGAAGCAACAUCUCAAGACAUCAGCCAGGAAGUUAAAGCUGGGUCACAAAUGGGUCUUCCAAAUGGACAGUGACCCCAAGCAUACCUCCAAAGUUGUGGCAAAAUGGUUUAAGGACAACAAAGUCAAGGUAUUGGAGUAGCCAUCACAAAGCCCUGACCUCAGUCCGGUAGACAAUUUGUGGGCAGAACUGAAAACCUGACUCAGUUACACCAAUUCUGUCAGGAGGAAUGGGCCAAAAUUCCAGCAACUUAUUGUGAGAAGCUUGUGGAAGGCUACCCAAAACGUUUGACCCAAGUUAAACAAUUGAAAGGCACUGCUACCAAAUACUAACAAAGUGUAUUUAAACUUCUGACCCACUGGGAAUGUGAUGAAAGAAAUAAAAGCUGAAAUAAAUAAUUCUCUCUACUAUUAUUCUGACAUUUCAGAUUCUUAAAAUAAAGGAGUGAUCCUAAUGGACCUUAGACAGGGAAUGUUUUAUGAUUAAAUGUGAGGAAUUGUGAGUUUAAAUGUAUUUGGCUAAGGUGUAUGUAAAUUUCUGACUUCAGCUGUAUGUAAUGUACUCCAGUUAUCAGCUAUAUACUGAUAUUUGCAUAUCCAGAUACAUUUCAGCAUACAGUCUGUCAAGUCUGGCUCAAUGUCUUCAGUAAAUGUGAUCUGUGUAGAUUAUAAUCAAAGGGUACUAUCUUGAGUCCUUUUAUUGUUAAUGUCAGAAAGCCUUUAAUGAUGAUAAGUGAUUGUUUUUCAUUGUUGUACUUGAGUCAUGAUUAUCUAUCAUCAUCAGAAUGCCAAAGUCAGCAUUACGCACUUACCAUUUUUAGUCAGUGUUUAUAUUUAGUUCUUAAGAAUGAAACAAUCUUUGGGAAUCCCUGCAAUUAAAUCAGUGUUUGUUUGUUUUUA